AUGGCCAGAAUUGUCGUAUUAAUAUCGGGCUCCGGUUCCAACUUGCAGGCCUUGAUCGAUGCCCAAAAGCAGGGCCAAUUAGGCGAUGAUGCUCAUAUUACUUCUGUUAUAUCUUCCAGCAAGAAGGCAUACGGGUUGACUAGGGCAGCUGACAACAAUAUUCCCACAAAGGUCUGUUCGCUAUAUCCAUAUACGAAAGGUAUUGCGAAGGAGGACAAGGUCGCAAGGGCCAAAGCGAGAAUCCAGUUUGAGAACGACCUUGCAAAGUUGGUGCUCGAGGAAAAGCCAGACGUUAUCAUCUGUGCGGGCUGGUUGUUGAUCCUUGGAUCUACAUUCUUAAGCCAACUGCAGUCUGUGCCAAUACUAAAUCUACAUCCAGCGCUACCAGGUUGCUUCGAUGGUACCACACAUGCAAUUGAGAUGGCAUGGCGCAAGUGCCAGGACGAGAACAAGCCUUUGACAGCGGGAUGCAUGGUGCACUAUGUCAUCGAAGAGGUCGACAAAGGCGAGCCAUUGGUGGUGAAAAAGCUAGAAAUCAUACCCGGCGAAGAAACACUAGAGCAGUACGAGCAAAGAGUGCAUGAUGCUGAGCACGUCGCAAUCGUAGACGCCACCUAUAAGGUUUUGCAGCAGCUUCAAAAAUAA